GAACCAAAUCUGCAUGAUUCUGAUAAAGAGGAAGAAGUGGAAAUGGUAGUUAUUACUGAUAAAGAGGCAUUAAAUAGUUUAGAAAAAGUGAUUCAAUAUUUAAAAAAUCCACCAGAUAAUUUUACAAUUAGCUAUCAAGAAUUAAGAAUGAUUAAUAGUUUAAAAUCAAAAAUUCAUAAACGUGUUCAGGAUAAUGCAAAACAACUUAUUGGACAAAAAUGCUUGGAACCAAGUGUCCACUAUAACAAACUUUGA